AUGAAAGGGUGUGUAUCUUACACAUAUGUUAUAAUAUUCUUAAUUUUUGGAUACUCAUACUCUGCUGACAAACCUACUGGACAACCAACUGGAAAUGAAGAUGAUAGUGAUGAGGUUGAUAAUUAUAAUUUAAUCGUAAAAGGAAUUGAAAAAAUACUUGAAGAAGAUGAUGAUAACCAAACUGUUGAACCUAGUGGAGAUACUCCAUGCUCAGAAGAAGUACAAUCUAAUACAUAUCAUUUCUAUCAUCCUGAUUAUCAACAAGAUUACUUGCAAAGUUAUGAACAAGGAGCUGUUGGCUAUAACCCCGGUUAUUAUUAUCCAUAUCAACAAUUCGAAGAACAUCAACACUAUCAACAACAUGAACAAUAUGUUUAUAUCCCGGUUCAAGAACAUGAAGUGGCCUAUUACAAUCAAGGAUAUCAAGGUGCUGAAUAUUUUCAAUAUCAUUAUGGUCCAGACCAACCUAGAUAUGUUUAUACUUAUUAUCCAGGACUACAUCAAGUAGGUUAUGGAUAUUCUCCUGGAUAUUCCAGUUAUGGACAAAACUAUCCCCAACAUACUCAAGAAUCUAUUCAAGAUAAAAUUUCAAGUGAACCUUCUAAAACAAAGAAACUAAAACAUAGUUAUAAACAUAAUAGACCAACUAAAUCUCAAGCAACUGGUGAACAACCUUCACAACCUAGUGAUCAAAACCCUCAACCAAAUGAACCAUUAGAACCUGAACAUAUUCCAGUUGAAGUUGGAUCUGAUGAUGAGGAACCUGAAGAAGGAGCAGUUGGAGGAGCGGAAGGUGGUGAAGAAGAUGAAGAAGAUGAGAGACCAUCCGAACCAGUAAAAAAAUGUAAAGAAAUAACAUUUAUGAAAAUGAGUAAUGAGGGCAAGUUAGUUGAAAUGGUUGUAGAAAAAGAUUACAGAAUUGCAUGGGUUGAUCAUAAUAUAAAUAGAUUCAGGUUUUUUCUAAAUGUUGAAGUGAUACUUUGUGAUGGUGAAACUAUCUUCAAGCAUAAGCCUGGGAAAAAAUAUCCUUCAGCGUUGACGUAUAACAAAAAUAAUAAUAAUUUUGUUUUGAGUUUGGAUGGUGUUUUUAUUUUGGUCAAAUAUGAUAAAGGAAUAUGGUCAUCAUAUGGACGAAAGGUUCCCGGAAAUGUUAAAUUAUAUGCACAAAAUUAUGAAAAUGAAUAUGUUGAAAUAACGGAUGAUGAUUAUUAUGUGGACCUUACUGCUAAUUGUUCUAUUAAAUUUUCAUUUAAAAAUGGUGUAAAUUGUAGUAAAAUAAUGAAUGGAGAUGAAUUGAUUUGGGAGAACACCCAAAAACAUAAAUUUCCAUCGACAAUAUCUGUUACUAAAUCAACAAAUUAUAUAAUUAAAUUUGAAAAAUAUAUCGAGGUAUAUGGAAGAAGGGGUGGACGUGUUAGACUAAUAUAUACUAGGAUAAAUAAACACAAAUAUAAAUACCCUAAAUCCAACUAA